AUGAAGUCCUUCGGUGUCAUUGCCCUCGCCGCCUCGGCCUCUGCUGCCUACAUCAACGGCACUGCUCCUGCCAACGGAACUGUCUACUACACCACUGAGGUCGUCACUGCGUACUCGGCCACCACCAUCACCGUCACCAACUGCCCUUGCACUCUUACUAAGCCUGUUGCUUCCAUGGCCACUGGUGGUGCUUCCAACGGCACUGCCACCGCUACCAAGCCCGCCAUCUACACCGGUGCCGCCAACAACAUGGUCGCUGCCGGCUACGGUUUCGCCGCCCUCGGUGCCGCUGUCGUUCUCCUGUAA